AUCUCUCUAAUAAGAGGUUAAUUAGGAGGUUCUGCAAUAAGUCCAUUAGUCAUGGGUUGCAGUACAUUCAUUGUGGCAACUUUUGUGCUGGUUUCCCUUCAUGGUGCUAGCUGCCGGAUGUUGGCUGCUGAGGCCGGCGAGGAGAGCUAUGUCCGGGCGGACCUCAGCCAGCUCACCGGUUGCCGGCGUGGGGAAAAUAAGGCUGGGCUUGCCUCCCUAAAGCGAUACUUGAAUCAUUUUGGUUACCUUGACAACCAGGGAGCCGAUGAGUUCUCAGAUGAAUUUAACGAGGAUCUCGAAGCUGCACUCAGGACCUACCAGAUGAAUUUCAAUCUGAACACCAGCGGAGUCCUGGACGAGGCGACGGUGCAGAAGCUUAUCCAGCCCAGAUGCGGUGUCCCUGACAUUGUCAACGGCACCAACUUGAUGAAGUCGGGCCGCCACCGGUACAUCCCCGGCGUCGGCCACUUCGUCAUGCAUUAUUCAUUCUUUACCAACAUGCCCCGGUGGCCGGAUUCUCAACGUAAUCUCAAGUACACCUUCUCUACCGACAAUCAGCAAUAUGGAGCAGAGCAGCUGAGGUCUGUCUUCUCUGCAGCGUUCGCCAAGUGGGCAGCAGUGUCGCCGUUCCAAUUCGCUGAAGCCUAUGAGGGCGAAGUAGCCGAUUUACAAAUUGCUUUCUACAGCGGAGAUCAUGGAGACGGCCAUCCGUUCGAUGGGCCGGGUUCCAUCCUUGCACAUGCAUUUGCGCCAACAAAUGGAAGGCUUCAUUUCGAUGCCGAUGAGACCUGGCUGCCUGACGCCACCGGGACGAACGGAGUGGAUCUCGAAUCGGUGGCAGUCCAUGAAAUCGGCCAUCUUCUUGGGCUCGGCCAUUCUGCAGACAUUAAUGCAAUCAUGUUUCCGACAAUUAGAAGAGGAGAGAGGAAGCUGAACCCGAAUUCCGACGAUGUUCAAGGGAUCCAAGUGCUUUAUGGCUCCAAGUAAAAUACCAUUAAUGGAGACGACGUAUCAGUUGGAGGAGAUGAUGAAGAAGUACACUUAAGAAGAUAUACAUAGUUCAUAAUAGGCCAACUUGUUCCUUAUAGUUCAUUAUAGGCCAACUUGGUGUCUUAUAGCGUGUCUUGUUCCACAUAUGUCGAACUGGCACGUACUCA